GAUAAUGAGUCCCCAAAUCUGUUGGCUCUGCAACAUCUUCAGAGAUGGCACAAAUGGAAUCACCUCAAAGUAAGUGCAAUAUGGGGGGGGGGGACACAUUGAUAGAAUACAGAGAACUAUAGUUGUUCUGAUUUUUGUUAGUCUCUUCUACUUUUAAAUUCGAUUGAUUUCAAAGAGAGUUGUAAGCAUCCCAUUGAAAUAAUCAAGACUUUGGGAAGUAGCAUUUUGUGAUCCUAUGCUAAAAAACUACUUUGGGGGAGUGUGUGUGUGUGUGUGUGUAAUUUUUUAAGUAAAAGACUUUGCUCAUUAUUAUUUCAUUUAUUUAUUAAAUGUAAAAAGGCCAACAAUGUAAUCCUAGACAGGUCUGCUUGCAUGUAAGCGGCUGAACAAUUGCUGCCCUAUAAAUCUUCCUAAAAUUAGCUGUAACUUUGAAACCAAUGGGGGGAAAACGGCCAUGCCUAAUAUAAGUCACAUUGUUACAUUCACAACUGACUUGUCACAGCUAUUACAAAGUAGCUUACCAAAAGAAAUAAUUGAAGUGCCUAGAUUGGAGCGAUGAUUUCAGUAACACAUGCUAUCAAGACAAGAUACAGUUUCCAAGAGCCAACAGGAAACUGAUGUCUGGAAACAGCUUGCAGAGGCCGUGAAAGUCUCAGACCAGACCUGCCAGGAUGUCUCUGCAAGGCUCAUGAGACCUGCUGAUUUGCCUGCACAGCUUUAACCUUGCUGCCACCCUGCCCACCCUGCCCACAGAGGAAAACCACACCACAUGGGCUGCUACCGCAUGGCUGCCACCUAGCGUUGCAACACUUGAAACUUCUAUAUUGAUUUUAACCUGCAAGAAUAAGUAAUGCAACAAUCUCUGAUUGUACAGUGGUGCCUCGGGUUAAGAACUUCAUUCGUUCUGGAGAUCCGUUCUUACCCUGAAAUUGUUCUUAACCUGAGGUACCACUUUAGGUAAAGAGGCCUCCCGCUGCCGCCGCACCGUUGCUGCACGAUUUCUGUUCUCAUCCUGAAACAAAGUUCUUAACCCAAGAUACUAUUUCUGAGUUAGCGGAGUCUGUAACCUGAAGCGUCUGUAACCUGAAGUGUCUGUAACCCGCGGUACCACUGUACUGGAGUGGAUUGGAGUGAUUAUUCUGUGAUAUUAUGGUAGUGGAGAAAGCUGCACGGUAACUUUUGAAUAAAUGGGUUUUUUGGCGGGGUUUUAAGUUUCCAUAUCAGAUGCAUCAAAAUCUCAAUUGCUGCACCUUUUCCUUUGCAAAUUUUGUCACCAAUUCCUUCAGGUCGAGCAUCAGCAAAUUCACAUAAUGAUCACUCCAAUCCUCUAUUGAAACUUUUAUGAGAUUUAAGUGUUAACAUCACAGUUUGCAAGGUUAUUCAAAGUGAUGUGCGUGCCAAAACUGUUCCUUUUAUAUUUGAGACAGGCAAUCAGAGAUUGCUGCAUUACUUAUUCUUGCAAGUCAAAAUUAAUUUAGAAGUUUCAAGGGUUUUGCAACAUUGUUGAGCGUGUGUGGGCUUUCAUAAGUUUGAGCUUGGAGAAACUGCAUUCAAAAUAUAAAAUAAAAGUAAAAUAUUGUCAGAAAUUUAUGGCAUAAACUAAUCUAUACAAGGGACGCGGGUGGCGCUGUGGGUUAAACCACAGAGCCUAAGACUUGCUGAUCGAAAGGUCAGCAGUUCGAAUCCCCAUGGCGGGGUGAGCUCCCGUCGUUUGGUCCCAGCUCCUGCCCACCUAGCAGUUCGAAAGUACCCCUAAGUGCAAGUAGAUAAAUAAGGACCGCUUUCUAGCAGGAAGGUAAAUGGCUUUUCCGUGUGCGGUGCUGGUGCUGGCUUGCCAGAUGCAGCUUCGUCACGCUGGCCAUGUGACCCGGAAGUGUCUUUGGACAGCGCCGGCUCCCGGCCUCUUGAGCGAGAUGAGCGCGCAACCCUAGAGUCAGUCACGACUGGCCCUGACGGGCAGGGGUACCUUUACCUUUACCUUAAUCUAUAUAAAACUGGGCUCCUCUGCAGCUGCAAACACGCAUGGGCAAGCAAACAUGGGCAUAGUCAGGAUUUUUGUUAGGGGGCAGAACCUUAGUUUGCUAUGUAUUUUUAUUUAUUGUUAUUGAUUUUUGUUGAUUUAGGGGGGCAGCUGCCCCUCCCUGCCCCCCUGGCUAUGCCCAUGCAAGCACAUCUCCUAUUCCAAACUCUCAAGGGAGAUUUUCAUCUAAUUUCAUAACUUUUAGGUCAGAGGUGGAUUUAGGGCAGCGUGACUCGUUUCAACUGCACUGGACACCAAGCUGAGGGGGUGCCAUCAAGUUGUCGCAGCCAUGACAUAUGAGCCGAAUGGAAGGCAAGAGGUGGGGAGGGAUGCCAUACCAAGCGCCACUGAAAUUUGAAACACCCAAGAGGACCGCUGCUUUUACCAGCCUUUGUACCCAAUUUACCCACAUUCUGCCUGACAAAGGAAGUUCCCCAGCCACUACAAGUGCACUAGCAAAUAUAAUACUAUGCCUAGGUAAAGGUAAAGGGGCCCCUGACCACUAGGUCCAGUCGUGACCGACUCUGGGGUUGCGGCGCUCAUCCACAUUACUGACUGAGGGAGCCGAAGUACAGUUUCAGGGUCAUGUGGCCAGCAUGACCAAACCGCUUCUGGCGAACCAGAGCAGCACACGGAAACGCCAUUUACCUUCCCACCGGAGCGGUACCUAUUUAUCUACUUGGACUUUGACGUGCUUUCGAAUUGCUAGGUUGGCAGGAGCAGGGACCGAGCAACGGGAGCUCACCCCGUCAUGGGGAUUCGAACUGCUGACCUUUUGAUCGGCAAGUCCUAGGCUCUGUGGUUUAACCCACAGCGCCACCCACGUCCCUAAUACUAUGCCUAGGAUGGUGCAAAAUAGCAGGUGAAGGGCUGGAGCAAAGUCACAUGACAUGGAGUUUUGCUGGUGUUUUAUAUAUCAUAGAAUUGUAGAAUUGGAAAGGACCAUGAAAUGAAGGAAUCUUUUGUUCAACGUGGGACUCAAACCCACAACCGUGUGAUUAAAAGUCUCACGCUCUACCGACUGAGCUAUCCCAGGUUGCAAAAACAGUAGGAGGAGUGUGGUGGUUCAAGGCACCAACCAAACAAAGAAUAGAAUGUCUUUUUUAUCAACGGGGGAAUCUUCUUAUUGCUAACACACACAGAAACGACCCAGACACUUUGCUAGGGUAAGCUAAAAAUGCCCAAAGGCAAAUAACAGUGAUGGUUAUAAAUCACCAAUGCUGUAAAAUCCUGCAAACAGCUGUUGUGCAAAGCAAGUUUAUGAAUCUUUUGUUUGGGUUCAGUGUACAAAGGCCAAUUUUGCUUUUAAUCAAGAAUGGAUUAGGAAUGAACUUUGUAAUAAUUAAGUGGCUUUGGUAAGCAUGUGGAACUGAUGUCAGGCCAAGUGGGGAUGAAGAAAAUUGUCCUCUAACUUUUAGGUGGUCCAGGAUGGCUACUCCAUUUUGUUUCUUUAAUGCAAGAUCUUCAAAAUUGGGGGUGCAGGAGAAAUUCAUUUCAGUUCACAUUUAAUGGUGAACCUACCCAAUUCAUACUUUCUGAAACAAAAUGCAAGCCUCAACAUAGUCCGUCUUCAAAAUUCACGCUUCUCAGAAUUUUGCAGUGCUCCAGCCCAGUAACAUGCAGAAAAAUGCAUACAUUAAUUUGAAAAAAUAACAUGCAGACAUGCAUCAAAUAGGGAGAAAUUGCUUGCAAAAAAUGCAUAUUCACUCAAAAGUAACAUAAACAUACAAAAAUGCACUGUCUAAGGGGAAAUUGCUUUGCAAACUUAUAGUAGGGAAAUUUCAUACAAAAAAAAUGUGUAGGAGAAAAAAGUGUAUUAGGAAAACUUCACUCUAAAAUGCUAAUGAAUUUUCAUGAGGACUUAAAAAAAUGUAAAAGGAGGUGAAAAUACAAAGAAUUGGGUUUAAGAUUCAAAAAAUUAGAAACCAAAAUUGACAGAUUUGUCCAUCCAUAACUGCAAUCCUAGAAGAAGAAGAAGAAGAAGAGUUUGGAUUUGAUAUCCCACCUUUCACUCACCUUCAGGAGUCUCAAAGCGGCUAACAUUCUCCUUUCCCUUCCUCCCCCACAACAAACACUCUGUGAGGUGAGUGGGGCUGAGAGACUUCAGAGAAAUGUGACUGGCCCAAGGUCACCCAGCAGCUGCAUGUGGAGGAGCGGAGACGCGAACCCGGUUUCCCAGAUUAUGUGACUACCGCUCUUAACCACUACACCACACUGGCUCUCAAUCCUGCACACAUUUACCUUGGAUUAAGCACCAGAACUUUGGGAACUCAGGCCGAAGAAUAAUGGGGAAAAGAAUUGCAUGGUUGAAGUCCAGUUUCCUUUUAGAAGGCACAACACUUCACAUUUUUAACUCACCAGCUCAGAACAGAAUAGAUCCUUAAGACCUUCAUUUUUCAGGUAGGGGUUCCUCACCUUUUAUGGCAAGAGAAUUACCUCUUCUACAGAACAAUCAAAGGUGCACAAGGUCCUUUUGUUCUAGCUGGCCGCUGUAAAGGUAAAGGUACCCCUGACUGUUAGGUCCAGUCGUGUCCGACUCUGGGGUUGCGGCACUCAUCUUGCUUUAUUGGCCGAGGGAGCCGGUGUUUUUCCGGGUCAUGUGGCCAGCAUGACUAAGCCGCUUCUGGCAAACCAGAGCAGUGCACGGAAACACCGUUUACCUUCCCGCUGGAGCGGGUACCUAUUUAUCUGCUUGCACUUCGUGCUUUCGAACUGCUAGGUGGGCAGGAGCUGGGACUGAACAAUAGGAGCUCACCCCAUCGCAGGGAUUUGAACCGCCAACCUUCUGAUCGGCAAGCCCUAGGCUCAGUGGUUUAGACCACAGCGCUGUAGUUAUUUGCUAUUCUAAACACAUGGUUUUCAUUUCCCUUAUUUCUCACAGAGUAAGUCUGGAGGAAGUGCUGCAGUGGUCUCAGUCUUUUGAAAAACUAAUGGCUACUAAAUGUGAGUUAUCAUGUGAUUUUUAACCAGAACACUAUGUAAGUGUGGGGAUCUGUUUGUGUGUGUAAAUUUUGCAAUGCAAUUUUGGUUCAAAAACUGUGCACAACACCCCACUUCCCAUGUUUUACAUAAAAAUGCAUGCAAAAUGCCCAUUUUAAAGGAAAACAUAUGAGAUAAUGUAUGUCUGCAUUAAAAAUGAGUAUUUUAUUAAUCAUUUCUGAGGAAGCAUUGAGAAGCUGUUUCAGAAUAUAUAUAUAUUUUAAAAACCUGCAUUUUUAAAAUUGCACAUGUAAAAACAAUGUUAAAAGCAUGAAUGCCUUUUCUGCAAAGUGCAGUGAUCAUUUGGCUAUAUAAGGGAUGACAUGAUCAUGGAGAUAUUUGGGUCCCAAGCUAUACUGUGUAGGACUUUGUACAUCAGUACCACACCUUGAACUUAGCCUGGUAGUUAACUGACCACCAGUGCAGUCCUUUCAGCAGCAGUAUAACAUGGUACCGAUAGUCUACAACAGCAUGGCCCCAAGAAAGAGAAUUUUUGUGCUCCGUGAUCUUGCACAGGUCAAAUGACUCACAUGAGAGCACAGCUUGGAAGAUGUGUAUCCCAGUUUUGGCACUCAACACAUUGGAGGGUAUGCACUGUUACCACACCGAGUGACCCCACCUAAUUUUCAGAUGGGCCUAUUGUCUACAAAACCUACCUGAAGACUGAAUACAGCGAUGAGAACAUUGAAUUCUGGUUUGCUUGUGAAAAGUAUAAGAAGAUUGUAUCUCAGAGGAAAAGAAUCUCGAUGGCACAGAAACUUUUCAAGGAAUAUAUACAGCCUCAGGCUCCGAGGGAGGUAAGUUAAUGAUCUGGAGAGGAAUACAUAAAGUCUGUUUUGGGUUUGGUGCUGGUUAUCUAUGCAAAUUAAAGAGUGAAGUCUCCAAAAAUUAUUAUAUAAUAAUCUCAGAUAUCUCUUCAGGCAAUUGAAAGCUAAAGAUGGGGACCUUAUUUUGUUUUAUUCUUCUUAUAGUUAUAUCCUACCUUUCUUCUAUCAGAGAACCCAAAGUGAUUCCCAGAUAGUCAAUACAUCCAGACCUCCUUAGCAUCCACAAGGGGAUGGUGAUCUCUUGAGCCUUCACACCAUAACCUGGAAUUGUAGUAGCACAGGCAAUAAAUUUAUGCCUCUUUUGCAUCCUCAGUAGUCUUGUUAUAAUGGAGAAACAUUAACUUCUCAGAGACUCCUUCUGCUCUUAAAUCUUCCAUGCCACUCUCUAAAUUUCAGACACAGAAACCCAAGUAAAACCCAAGUAACAGAACUUCACACUAAAGGUGUGCUCAUACCAGCCUGUUUCCCAGGCUGAGAAUGUCAGUCUUUCCAUGAAAUCCAAGGCAGGGUCAUUGUUUGGUGCUCUUUUUCUGAGCUUGGGGCAGGAGAAGAGAAGAGGAGGAGCUUACAAGGUAUAAACCAGGCUUCCUCAACCUCAGCCCUCCAGAUGUUUUUGGCCUACAACUCCCAUGAUCCCUAACUAGUAGGACCAGUGGUCAGGGACGAUGGGAAUUGUAGUCUCAAAACAUCUGGAGGGCUGAGGCCAAGGAAACCUGGUAUAAACAAUGGAAUAGUGAAACAGCCACGUCAACUAGUUACAGGCUUUCAUUUGAAAUGAGACCUGCCUAACUGGCAGAUUGGCAAUAUCACAUCUGCCUGCUGAAGAGGACUCAAGGUGCUCAUGAACCAAGCAGAACACACUGAGAUCCUUGUUCAUAAGUGUUCCACUGCUGCCCUUUAGAUGAGCAUCCACAUGUGAACAGAACUUAGAAACAGAGCCAGCCAAAGACAUUUUGCUGCCUGCAGUGACAAUGGUGCCCCUCCCAGUUCCAUGUAUAAAACCCAACUGGACUAGUGGAUGGUUGGUUGGCAUCUGUCUGCCUCAGGAGACAAUAGAGGAGUGUGCCUUUGGGGGCACUCUGUUGGCAGGUUGCAGCGCCAACAGAGCAAUGUGAGAGACUCUUACUACAUCACUGGUGAUAGGAUAGUGUAUCCCCCCACUAAACCUGUUCUUUUGUUUGCGUGUUUAGCUUUUUUUGGUAUUUUUAUUGUAGAUCAUCUGGAGAUGUUUUUGUAGAAGGCAAUUAAUUAAUUCAUCAUGUACUGUUUUAAAGAGCUUAAACAUGGGCUUGAAAUAUAGGUCACUGAAGUGGCAAAAGUAACAGUAGGGGAACAUCUUGAUGAAAUCCUUCAGUGGUGAAUAUGACAUCUGUGGCUUCGUGUUCAUGUGAAAGGUCCUGUUUUCCAUUAGGAUUUGCUUCUUGGAAGGAAAGCCUCAUGACAUUGUUACACACACAAAAAGUUGGGGAAGGACAGACUGCUUUCAUAAUAAGCAUAUUAUGCAAAGGUGACCCAAACAUGAAAAAUCCAUUUCAAUUCCAAAUGGGUGUCAAUACUAUAUUUUCUAUCUAUCUAUCUAUAUCCCCGCGACGGGGUGAGCUCCCGUUGCUCGGUCCCUGCUCCUGCCAACCUAGCAGUUCGAAAGCACAUCAAAGUGCAAGUAGAUAAAUAGGUACCGCUCCGGCGGGAAGGUAAACGGCGUUUCCGUGCGCUUCUCUGGUUCGCCAGAAGCGGCUUAGUCAUGCUGACCACAUGACCCGGAAGCUGUACGCCGGCUCCUCGGCCAAUAAAGCGAGAUGAGUGUCUCAACCCCAGAGUCGUCCAUGACUGGACCUAAUGGUCAGGGGUCCCUUUACCUUUACCUUUUUACUCUCUUUUUCAGAUUAACAUGGAUAGUCAAGCAAGAGAAGCUGUUAUCAAAAACAUUCAAGAAGCAACGCAGUCCUGUUUCAAUGAAGCCCAGAAAAUUGUUUACUUGCACAUGGAAAGAGAUUCCUACCCGAGGUUUCUUGGUUCAGAAAUCUAUCGGAACCUUUUCCUUACACUUUCAACCAGACAGAAACCACCAGUGUCUAUGAAAGAGGGAGAAUAA